UGAAAUCCAUGCAUCCAGCACACGGAAUGGAGAAGGAAACAACCUCAUUCACUCACUCAUCUUCAGCCACUUACUUCAAUGAAAAUGAAGAAAAGCCACGGUCAUCACAGCUUCAUCAAAGCCAAAGAGAUGAGGGCACAGAAGUGGAGCUUUUUGCCAGCAUCUCAACUGAACCCAGAACACUGAAAGUAGAAGCUGAUACAGAGGACUGUGGAGGAUCACAACCAGCCACCAACUCAGGACCACAUAACGACAUGCAGCAGUUGUUGGUAAUUAAAGAAGAGCUUCUCCAUGAACACCAGGAGUGUAAACCGAGUGUUGACCAUGUGGACAUUAAAGAGGAAGGAGAGACUCUCUGGAUAAGUCAGCAGAGACAGCAGCAGCAUCAGCUGGAGGAGACUGAUAUCACUAAGUUAGUUUUCACUGGUGUCCCUGUGAAGAGUGAAUGUAAUGAUGAAAAACCACAAUCGUCACAGCUUCAUCAAAGCCAAAGUGACGAGGGCACAGAGGCUGAGCCUGUAGCCAGCAGCUCAUCUGUACACAGAAUACUGACAACACAAGCUGAUGGAGAGGAGGAUGGAGGACCACAACCAGCCAGCAACUUGGGUCCAAAUAGUAAUUUACAACCGGAUAGGAAUGGUAGGAGUUCAGACACUUCUGAUCCUGAGACUGACGACAGUUGUGACUGGAAACAAACCAGAGAACUUCAUUCAGGUUUUGACUGUCAGACAAAUAACACUGUCUCCAAACACUACAGAAGAAUGAAAGCAAGUGGAAAGCCAUUUGCCUGUUCUGAAUGUGGUAAAAGAUUUGGACGCAAUGGCAGUCGGAUCAGACACAUGAGAAUUCAUACAGGACAGAAACCUUUUGACUGUUCUGAGUGUGGUAAAAGAUUUGGACAAAAGGGGUGUCUAGUCAGACAUAUGAAAAUUCAUACAGGGGAGAAACCCUUUGAUUGUUCGGAGUGUAGUGAAAGAUUUGUACAGAAGUCAGAUAUGAACAAACACAUGAGAAUUCAUACAGGAGAGAAACCAUUUGACUGUUCAGAAUGUUGUAAAAGAUUUGGACAGAAGGGAGGGCUGAUCCGACACAUGAGAAUUCAUACAGGGGAGAAGCCAUUUGACUGUUCUGCAUGUGGUAAAAGAUUUGGAUAUCAGAGCAGUCUGAGUGCACACAUGAGAAUUCAUACAGGUGAGAAACCUUUCGCUUGUUCUGAUUGUGGUAAAAUAUUUAGACAUCAGGGCAAUCUGAUGACACACAUGAGAAUUCAUAUGGGUCAGAAGCCAUAUAGCUGUUCUGAAUGUGGUAAAAGAUUUCGACAGAAGAGCACUUUGAUCACACACAUGAGAAGUCAUACAAAUCGGAAGGAAAAGCACAAAGUAUCAAGACUUAAAAAAUGACCAACAAACAGCAUGGUCCCUGAAAGAAACAGAUAUACCAGUUGUGGUGGGAGUGAAAGGACUUAUGAAGAAUCCCU